ACAACAGCAACAACAGCAACAACAGUACUUAAACCCAAGUCAGUACCAACAGGUCUCACCUCAGAAUCAGCACCAGCAGAUGUACCAGCAGCACUUGCAACAGCAGUCGCCUAAACAGAAGCAGCAGUUUGACUACUCGCAGUAUCAGCAGCAGUACCAACAGCAGCAGCAGCAGCUCCAACAACAGAUCCAACAGCAGCAACAACUUCAGCAGCAACAACAACAACAACAGCAACAACAGCAGCAGGUGCAGCAGGUCCAACAGCAACAGGUGCAACAACAACAUCAGCAUAUCCAGCCUCAGCAAGUGUCCAAGGAGAAGAAGCCCAAACAGAAAAGAAUGACUAAGAAGCAGCUUCUCCUCCAGCAACAGGCGCUUGAAGAAGAAAGAAGAAGACAGGAACAGCUCCGAAUGGAAUUGGAGGCCCAGGCUCGUGCCCAGGCUGCUCAAGUGCAAGCCCUCCAAGUGAUGCAAUCACAAACGGGUGAGAAGAAGAGAAGAGGUCGUCCUAAGAAGUUGAUUCUUGAUCCUACCACUAAUCAGUACAUUGAUCUGACACAUCCAAACUUCAAGCAUUUGAAUAAGAUCAUUAAGGAUUCUACUUCAGAAAUGUUACAGGCUGGUGGUGUACCAGGAGAUCAUCAUUAUGGACAAACCAUUGCUCCAUCUGCUACUACCACUACAGCUCCUAUUCCUGUUCAUUUACCUGUGCAAGUCUCGCUCAACGGUAAAGCCAAGCGUGACAAAGAGUUGACGCCUGACUUAACCAGAUUGUAUGAACAACCCACCUAUUUGAGAACCUUGGAUGAUCCUUCAGUCCAACAAUUAAUCCAGAAGAAAGAUCGUAGAGGACGUCCAAGAAAGUUCCCUGUAGAACAAACAGGAAUAACCAUUAAGGGGAUCAGAGUCAAUGGGCUGCUCAAGAAUAAGAUCGCCAAGAAGUGAGUCAUGUGUCUAUACCAUUAAUAUUGUUGUUUUCUUCUUCUUAUUAUUAUUAUUAUUACUACUCUUACUAUUAUUAAUAUUACUACUCUUACUGCUACUCUUCAUAUUGUUCCUAUCACUACUACUUAUUACUAUUACUAUUAUUAUUAUU